ACUUUUACCCUAAUCUAGCCUCCAGAUCAGACUGACAACUUCCGGUGCUAUCUGCUGACUCUUACUUCGAGAUCAAGAAAAUGGCAGAUGUGAAUAAACUAGUGUUCUCCAUAGUGAAAUUUCUAAAAGACCAAACAACACAGGAAUGCUUAUCAGAGGAUGCCAUAGAGAGCUUAGAGGUUGCCAUUCAGUGUUUAGAGUCUGCCUACAGUAUAGACACUCAGGAUGAAUCACAUAUCGCCAAAUACCAAGUACAGAGAAAUCUUCUAGACAUAUUCAAUUCUCAGAUAAGUUCUGAGCCGGAGUCAGAAUUUUCUACUUUGUCACUACAUGAACCUACUCCAGAGGAGAGAGAUGAGGCUGAGAAGUUAAAGAAUGAAGGAAACAAUUUCAUGAAAGAAGAGAAGUUUUCCGAUGCAUUAGAGUGCUACUCGCAGGCCAUAAAACUAGAUAAUAAGAACUCUGUUUAUUACUGUAAUAGGGCAGCAGCUUACAGUAAGCUGAAUAAGAAUGUACAAGCUAUCGAGGAUUGUGAACGAGCACUAAACAUUGAUCCACAGUACUCUAAAGCCUAUGGUAGAAUGGGUAUUGCAUACACAGCAUUGAUGGAUCACGAGAGUGCCAGGGAAUGUUACAGAAAAGCAUUAGAAUUGGAUCCCACAAACCAGUCAUACCAAAACAACCUAGAAAUAUCAGAACAAAAGUUAAAAGAGGCAGCAAUGCAGGCAGGAUUUAACAUGGGGCCUAUGGGAAUGGGAAACAUGGAUUUUUCACAAAUGUUAAACAACCCAGCGCUCAUGAAUAUGGCACAGUCUAUGAUGCAGAACCCAAACAUGCAACAAAUGAUGGCCAAUUUCAUGUCAGCUAUGUCAGGUGGUGGUGCUGGUGGACCGGGUGGUGCUGGUGGACCUGGUGGUGUUGGUGGAGUAGGGGAUCAGCCGGGACCAGGUGGACCGGGGGGACCACCUCCUGGAAUGAAUAAUAUUCUAGAAGUGGGUCAGCAGUUAGCUCAACAGAUGGAACAAACCAACCCUGAGUUAGUGGCACAGCUACGCUCACAGUUUGGCAGAGGAGGACCUCCCUCAGACAGUCCUCAGGAACAACAAAGUAAGAUUAGAGAUUGUCGAGGAAAGUCAAAUAUGUGUAUGAAAAUCAGCUGUUUCUGAUAAUAAAAAAAAAAUUGUUGAUACUGGCGAAAAAAAUGACUAAUCUUAAGGAAAAUGACUUUCUAUAUUUGAAGGCAAAAUUUAUUGUGCCUGUUAUUGAUAAAAAAUGGCAAUAACAAAAGGCAAAGUUGGCAGUUCACAUAAGAUAACAAAUGCUCUCUGGAUGAUUUAUCUGCUAAUAUUGUGAUUUAGCCAUGAAACUUUUCAAGAGGAAUGUUUGUAAAAUGUUUCUCUGUAUUAAGAAGCACAAAUCAAAAGUAGUUUGAGGUGGGAGACAUGAAGUCACUGUAUUUGUUUUGUGUAUACUAGCUGCAAUGAUGUAGCUAUCUCCAAUUUUUUUUUAUUCUGACGUUUUCGGGAGGGGAAAAAAAUCUGAGAGGGCUACAUUAUUACAGCUAAGUUUGUACAUACAAAUAUCUAAUAGCAUAUUUCUCUGUAAAUUUGAAGUUUUUCUUAUUAUACCCCCCGCGAACGAAGUUCAGGGGGAUAUUUAUAGGAAUCACUCUGUCUGUCUGUCCGUCUGUCUGUUCAUCUGUCUGUCUGUGCAGAUUCGUGUCCGGGCCAUAGCUUCUUUGUUCUUUGACAUAGGCAUACCGUAUUUGCCACACAGGUGGAUCACCAUGAGACGAUGUGUCGAGUACCUUCAUGACCUCUAUAUGACCUUGACCUCAAGGUCAAAAUUAAAGGUUUUUUACAAUGGAUUCGUGUCCGGUCCAUAACUUCUUUGUUCUUUGACAUAGGCAUACCAUAUUUGACACAUGAGUGUAUCACCAUGAGACAAUGUGUCGGGUACCUUCAUGACCUCCAUAUGACCUUGACCUCAAGGUCAAAGUUAAAGGUUUUUACAAUGGAUUAAUGUCAGGGCCAUGACUUCUUUGUUACACUCAGGAAAGAGGUAAUUUUUAACAACACCCUUUGGGUGAUUGAGGUAAACGGGGAGGGGGGGGGGGGGUAUUCUUAGUGAGCAUUGCUCACAGUAUGUCUUGUUUUCGUCUACAAAUGUAUAAUUUUGCUCUCAUUGAUUUAUUUCAGAUGGGAAUGAAAAACAGCCUCCAAACUGACAAUGGAAAACUUCUAGAAUAAAACUGAAAUAACUUCUGAAGAAAGGGGUAGAUGUGUAUGAUAAUUUCUCUCACAACUGAAACUUUGUUAGCUUAAAUUCAUCUCUUCAUCUGUAGGCAUGGUAUGGCAUGUGAAAUUUCUUUUUAUUUUUGUUCAUAUCUUUUACUUUUGAAACAUAGAAUUAGGACAUAAAAGAAAAUAUUUUUAUGAAAUCACUAUGUCUUAUUUCCAUUGCUAGGAUAACAUGUAGUGCUUUUUCAAACUGCAUUUUGCUGGAUUACAUGAGAUAGUCGAAAUGUAAGACUACAUAAGAAUCUAUUGUAGCACAAGUAUGGUAAACGCUUUUACUUGGAUUUUAUAGUUAGAAUAUGCAAUUAAAAAAACAAACAAAUAUUUUAAGUUAUAGCUUGAUUAAAGAAAACAAGUGAUUCAAAGUGUUGAAUUCCUUGUGCCUUUUAGAGUAUAGCUAAACAAUCCAUUUACAGAAAGCCAAUUCAUAUUUUGACCUUAAGUAUUGUUUCACGUUAUCAUGUACAUUAGUUUAAGCUGUAAAACCUUUUUACUUCAGACACAGGGAAUAGGGAAAUGUCUGAUGAUACAUGUAAUGAAAUCAACAGUUGAAAGGUGAACAAAACAAAAAUGUAGUUCAUCAGUCAUUAGUGAGCUCAAAACAUUUUGUGAUUUCAUUUGGAAAGUUUUUGGAAUUUUUAUUGUUUUUAAUCAUGCUUUCCAGAAAAUGUGAGGGUCAUUAUAAUGUAUUAUAUAUAAUUAUUAGUGAUGUCUUGGAGCAUUCUAGUUAGGGCAGGGUGUGACCAGAAGUUAUCAAUUCAAAUUAUUCUAAAAAAUAUAUUUGCUACAUCAUUGAAGAAAUAAUGGAUUUGAUUACAUUUAAAAGAGUUUCAUGUCUUUGAAUAAUUUCUGAUAUCUACAUGUGUGUGAUACAUGUGUGAUCACUAGAAUAGAAAACAGUAAUUUAUUGGCUUGUGUGAAUGAAAUAGACAAGUCAAAAAAUAUAUUUUUCAUACUGUGAACUAUGCUAAGAAUAUAUUACAAAAUAAACAUUUUGAUAAAGAUAUGGCAUGAAAUGUUUUUUGUGACGAUACUUCUAUAAAGCUAUAGAUAGUAUCAUUGCCCACUUCUAUAUUUCAUUGAUGAAAACCAGAAUGUUAGAGAAGUGUCUGGUUCCAUUGACCUUGUACUGACCUUGUAAAUGUUGAAGAGUACUUGUUGUGUUCCUGAAGAAUUAUUUUUUACCAGGAGAAUUGUUCAGCAUCAGCUGUUCCAGAUUUGGUGUUGGUUUCCUGUAUUUUAUGUUGUCACAUGUUUUUAAUGGACCAUCCAUCCAUGUUGUUCACAGAGAUACAUAACAAAAUCAUACUAAAUGUGUUACACCUAAACAUUUAUUUUGUACCAGUGAUAAGUUAUAUAUGUGUAUAUAUAUAUCAAAUAUUACUGGUGACAACAUUUGUAUAUUAAUAAAUAUGUAAACUCCC